AUGACAGCAUAUUUUGGCAUCUACUCAGCGGUACGGGACCAGCUUGUCAAGAACAACAUGGAUCCGAAUUCUAGAGAUACGGAGAAUCAGACGCCCCUGAGCUAUGCGGCGCAAAAUGGCCAUGUGGCCGUCGUUAAGCUGCUUCUCGACCAUGGUGCUGAUGCCAAUUUAGAUUAUGAGUUCGGCAGUGCGUCGCCGCUGUUUUUUGCCGCUUCCCGCGGUCAUUUAGCCAUUGUCAAGCUGCUUCUCGAUAAUGGCGCUGAUGCCAAUAAAGAUGUCCACAGUAAACCGCUCGAGGAGGCCGCUAUUAUGGGUGAUUUAGCCAUUGUCAAGCUGCUUCUCGACAAGGGCGCCAAUGUUGAUUCUAAGAAUGUAAACAGCAUGACACCGUUGUGGCAUGCAGUGAUGCGCAGGCACAAAGCUGUCGUUGAGCUGCUUCUUAAAGAAGGCGCAAAUAUUGAUUCAAAGAAUUUCAAUGAACGGACUCCGUUGAUGGCAGCUGCGAAGUAUGCCGAUGCUUCUAUGGUCAUGUUUCUUCUUGAGAAGGGCGCUGAUAUCAAUUCAAAAGAUGGGAAUAGUCGGACGCCGCUAUGGUGGGCAUCUGAGAGGCCGAGAGCAGCUAUUGUGAAGUUGCUGCUUGAGAAAGGAGCUCAUGUCGACCCACAAGAUGAUGACGAAGGCAAAACACCGCUCAUGUGGGCUGCUAUGAGAGGAAGGGAGUCUCUUGUGAGCUUGCUUCUCCAAAAUGGUGCCAGCUGUACAAUAAAGGAUAAGGAUGGUCGAACACCGUUAUCGUUGGCUGAAGAGAAGGGGUACGAGACGAUUGUACAGAUGCUAAAAAGGCAAAGGUGA